GAUUACCAAUCAAGCAUUAUGGACAGGCACGACUAAGUCAAUCAUAUCUGCCGACUCAAGUUGUCGGUUACUGAGAGCUUGCUCCUGUUUAUCACGCAUCUUCAGACCUUUACUGAUUCCGCCGAGUUCGUUCGACCGAUAUUCGCAAGAGCUAUCGAUACACGGUCAUGGCUCGCUCAACAAAACCCCUCCUCUUCGUGCACUCCAGCGGCCCCACACACGCCCACCAGCGCGACGAGGCCGUCAAGACGAAGAUCCGGCAACAUAUCAUGGCUGACAUUGGGCGCGCGCGCAGAAAACGGCCACGGAAUUCCAAGGUCGAAGUGGUGAUGCAGCCGUGGUCUGAAGCGGAUGUCGACCAUCGCAAGCUCCCAAAGACAGGUCAUAAACACAACGCCCAGGGCCCAUGUACGAGGUGCCACUCCCAGCCGCCUGCCAAUUCCAAUGCCACUGCGUCGCCAGUCUUCCCAUUCUGGUCCCAGAACCCGCUCGUUAUCCUAGAGAGGCACUGGGGAAUGGACAUGUUUUCCGCGUACGGGAUCGCAUUUGUUAUGAAUGAAGGGGCGAACAGGAGGUUGAGGACGAGAUCGAAAUCCAAAGGUGCGACAGGUGGAGGGGGAUUCUGGUUCCCAUUCGCGUUUCGCGCUUCAGCCUUCCUCCGCCAUUUUCGGCAGACAAUCACAAGUCCCGAGGUGCUGGACUCUGUCGCCGACGUGCCGGGGAAUACUUUCCAGGCGAUUGCGCUCCAGCGCUCGACUGGGACUAUAGCCUGUAUUGAGGAGAAGCUGGCUGCUAGGGAUGCAGGCGUAGCGACGUCUGAUAGCGUGAUCCGAGGGGUUUUGGCUUCGAUUUGCUACAACUUUGUUUCAAUGGACUGUGAUCAAGCCCGAAUCCAUAUGAAUGGCUUGACGCAACUCGUAUCCGCGCGGGGUGGGACGGAGAGCCCGCUAGACGACGAAGAGCUGCGAUUGAUGAUAUUUUGGGUUGAUAUCACGGCAUCGUUAUUGUUCAGCUCAAAACCGCACUUCCCUGUCCCGGCCGACCUGAUGCCCGCAUCUCCACUCCCCACGCAGAGCGACAUUUCCACCCUCCCACUCCGCUACCUACACCAUCAACCCGGCUCUGUCACAGACGAAUACACCACCACUAUUCUAUACUGUCUACGAGACUUAUGGGGCGCCGCCGCAUACAUUCAGUCAAAGGGCACAUUCCACGAAACCGAGCCAUGGGUUGACGAAGAGUCCAUCAGCCUACGCCUUAACCCCCUCGCACAUCGUCUACUCUCGAUAUCCCCAUCUACAGGAUCUAGGUCAGCAUCUUCACACGGCACAGCAAUCGCACGAGCACUACAGCUCGGCCAGAUUCUGUUCAUCAUCCUCGUCAAACGGGCUUAUCGCUCAUACCCCGGUUCUCCAGCAGUGUACGCCUUGAAGUUACUACGGCUUCUUUCGGAUACACGGGUCUGGGCCGGUGACGCAGGGGUGCCGUCGGUUCGGCUGUGGCUGCUUGUUUUGUGUGGGAUUGGCCUCUCUCGAGGCAAGGAAGAGAGCAUGGUCGGGGAUAUGAUUGGCGAUGUGAUGCGGAGAUGGGAUUUGGACUCCUGGGGCGAUGUUACUGGGUAUGUACGGCAAAUGCCGUGGGUGAGUCUUUUUGAUCCCCUGUGCGUCGAGCUAGAGCUUAGGUUACCAUCUCAUCCUGGGUACAUGAGUAUGUGA